UUCCAGCCCCCUUUUCCACGUCACUUCAAGGAAUCUUUAAAGAGUCCGUCGCCUGUAUAAAAUGCUUCAGGAUCCGACACCCUGCAACAUGAGCGGCAUGAAGACACCAUCCACGUUGCUGACAAUGACAAACAAUGACAACGACCCUCUUCCUCUCGGGUGGGAGGUAAAGAUUGACCCUCAGACUGGAUGGCCCUUCUUUGUCGAUCACAAUAAUCGCACGACAACCUGGAAUGACCCGAGACACGACACAAACAAGGUCAAAGAAGUGUCAGCAAAUGGACCCAACAUACCACCAGAACCAAGCCCCCAGGAGUCACAGAAGACCGUUUUUAGGGAGAUGAAGCACCCCAUUCUUCGGCCAGGAUAUAUUCCUAUACCUGUCUUCCAUGAGGGCACAGAACUAAGGCAGCAACAAGACCCAUGUUAUUCUUAUAUCCAUCCAAGUGCUGCACAGAAUAUCUGGACAGAGGGCCGAACACCUACACCAGGGCUCCACUGCAGGCCUAGAUCACCGUUACAUGGACCUUCAGACAGUUGUACUCCGGAGCCUGGAAAGAUUGGCUCACCUGGUUCACAAACAGCAGAGGUUUUAACACCCUUGCAUCACCAACCCCAACGGCCCAACAGCAUUGGUCUUCAAGCAGGUUACAUCCCCAUCCCAGUGAUCCAUGAGGGUGGAGGGAGCCAAACACAAACUCUGACACAGUCUACUCCGUCAAACUACUCUCAACGCAUCCCCUUCUCUGAGCACCAGCAGCCCUUCCAUCACUCACAGAAAGAAGAAUGGCCUAGCUACUCUGUAGCAAUGCAGCCUUCUCGAGAAAGGGCUUCUCCAGUACUGCCUCCCCAGCAUCGUGAUGCUCAUUCUAUUAACCUUCCACCUCAUAUUAGAAGCCAGUCACCUAUUAUAACACAGGUGCUGGGAGACAUACCACAGGCUCAGCAGCAUGUCCUCACAAGAGACCAGCUACCAAAAAUAGAGCAGGAACAACAAAGCACUCAGCAAAAACCUGAUAACACGCAGCCCAUGCCAUUGCACCCGGGAGCUGAUGUCGUCAAGCCUCAACAGUUCCAAAAGCUUCCACCUGAGCAACCUCAACAGUUCCACCAACCUCAGCAGUUCCAGCAGGAACCACCUCAGACAUCUCCACAGCCUCAGCAUCCUGAACAGUUAAUGCAGUCACAGCAGCAGUUCCAGCAGCCCCACAAACAAGAGCAACCACAACAGCAUGCAGAUAUUACAGUUCAAAUACCUCUAAGACCAGAAGACCUGGACAUAACAGCAUCACCCGCAGAGGUGAAGGUAGAGGCUGAACAGGCUGCUCAGUGCCUGAUCCAUCCAGGCUUGGCUAAGGUACAGCAGAUCGUUGAGCGAGUUGCCAAACUGGAGCAAGAGGUUAAAUGUUUUGCUGGAAAGAAGAAUGAUAAGAAAUACUUGUUACUGGAGGAGCUGCUGACUAAAGAGCUCUUAGCAUUAGACUCUGUUGACCCUGAAGGUCGUGUAGAUGUACGGCAGGCAAGACGGGAUGGAGUCCGUCGUGUCCAGAACAUACUGGAAGAACUGGAGCAACUGGACGUGCAGCCUGCCAGGCCUGCUAGCCAGACUACAAUUGAGGGAGACAACCUCAAAGGAGAGCCCAGCAUGAUCACAAAAGAGAAUAAUGAGCUUUCAAAGGAGAUAUCAUAAUGACUGCACACUUCAUCAUCAAGAAGAGAAGGAUACCCUACUGUAUAUGUGAUAGAUAUCCUCCUCCUUUACAAGCAUUUUGUAGAAGUUGCAUGCAUUGAUUAACAAGUUCCUGACAUUCUGCUCAUAAUUGAUGGAAGAUAAGUGCAAUCAUGUUCUUCAAGCCAAUGUUGUUGCCUUCUGUGUUAUGCCAUUGUCAUAAUGAGACAGCUUUAACAAUAAAAUUGUUCACAAUUUCCUGUCAAUAUUACAGUUUGAAUUAGAGGCCUUUGUUAAUAAAUGGAAAAGAAGUAUUUUCUUAAAAAGGGAUGUAUUAAUGCUUUUUGUCCUUAUCGUGACUGUUUGAAGCUAUUCUUGAUCCAAUUAAUGCAUCAGUAAGUAAUGAGUGACAGCAGUGGGGCUUUGAAGCAGAACUCACUCAGAAAGAAAACAUUAUCUCCUUUAUAUCCAGGUGGUCCUCCAGAAGUUACUUUAAACCAGAACUGAGUAAAUAUGUUUAUUUGAUGGUACUUUUUGAUGCAUAACUGAUUUGCUGUUUUUGCACUUUGCCAUCAUUGACAUGUAUCAUGCUGAAAGUUCAGCAGAACUGUAUAAUUCACACAAGUUUUGAUUGAUGUGUUUGAGUGUAUGUGCAAUGCUUUACUUGUUAUUUCAAAACAUUAUAUCAGUAUUUAUAUAAUUAUAUAGUAUUUUGGUACAUUUAUGAAUGUGUAAUGACAAAUGCAGAUGGAAUUUUUCCUACUUGAAAAGUUAAACAAUCAACAUGUGCUGAUAAGGACAGUCUAAGAUUGUACGAAUGUUUUUUGUGUAAAUACCAAAGUCACAAUAAGAAAUAAAUCUAAGUUAAAUGGCCUUAGAGGCUUACAACGCCAACAAGAAAAUGCCUGAUUAAUAUAGGAUUUAAAAAAAAUGCAUCAAAAGAACUUUUCAUGACCCUAAUUGUUUGUGUAGAAAUGUGUCACUAUGGUUAAAUGAUAAGCCAUCUGUGAAGGGGGGUCACCCACUGCCUUACACACCCUUAAUUGUGGCUUACUGUUGAUCACGGUUAAUGUCAUCAUGUUGGUAUGCUUCAAAAUAAAAUAUAUUAUACAUGGA